AUGUCUUUCCCUCAGACCAAUCGCACAUGGCAGAUCCUCGACGCUGCUGCCAAGGCCGGUUAUGCAGUUGGGGCCUUCAACUGUUACAAUGACGAUGGCGUAAUCGCCGUCAUUCGCGCGGCCGAAGCCUCAAAAUCGCCAGCCAUCAUCCAGCUGUUUCCGUGGACCAUGAGAUUUCAAGGCCCAGAGUUUGUCAAGUACGUGAUCAAUGCAGCGCACGCCGCCAGCGUUCCUAUUGCCGUCCAUCUCGAUCAUUGCAUCGAGCCAGCCGACGUGGAAGCUGCGCUGAAUCUCCCAUUUGACUCGAUCAUGGUCGAUGCAUCAAUACAUGACCCGGAGGAGAACAUUCGGCAGUGCGCAGCCAUUGUGCAGCGGGCAAACGCCAAAGGGAUCUCCAUCGAGGCGGAAAUGGGCCGGAUCGAGGGCGGCGAGGAUGGCUUGCCGCAAGUGGACUUGGACACAAUCAUGACGCAUCCGGACGGUGCUCAAGAUUUUGCGCAAAAGACUGGCGUGCAGUUCUUGGCCCCCGCAUUUGGUAAUAUCCACGGUCAUUAUGGACCAGGCGGUCCCGAGAAAUACUGGAAUCUUUCCCUGCUCGAAAAAGUAAGGGAUGCGGUUCCUGGUAUACCUCUGGUGCUGCAUGGUACCCAUGGCGUAUCCAACGACCUCUUUCAUGCUGCCCGGAGGCACGGAAUGGUCAAGAUUAACCUCAAUCGCACAGUCCGCGACGAGUACACCAAUUUUGUGGCCGAGAAUGCCGGAAAACUGGAGUUGACUGUUCUCAAGAUGAAGGCGGUGGAGGUGUACACAAAGUCGAUCUCGAGGGCUAUGAAGGGUAUCCUAGGAUCUGCUGGCAAGUCAUGA